AGCUGCCGGAGAACUGGACGGACACCCGGGAGACACUGCUCGAGGGCAUGCUCUUCACCCUCAAGUACCUGGGCAUGACACUGGUGGAGCGGCCCAAGGGCGAGGAGCUGUCGGCUGCUGCUGUCAAGAGGAUCGUGGCCACGGUGUUCGCAUACAUUGCCCAGAGCCAGCACAGCGAGAAUCUCGAGUGCCACGCCUUCCUCUGCACCAAGCGCAAAAUGGCGCAAGCUGUCACCCUUACCGUGGCCCAGGCCUUCAAAGUCGCUUUUGAGUUCUGGCAGGCAGCCAAGGAAGAGAAAGAAAAGAGGGAGAAAGCCAGCCAAGAGGGCGGGGACGCGCUGGGGACCCGCCACGACAACACACCCUCCUUGAAAAGCUUGGUGGCCACUGGGAACCUGCUGGACUUGGAAGAGACCACCAAGGCCCCGCUGUCCACAGUCAGUGCUAACACCACUAACGUGGAUGAAGCUCUGAGGCCUCAAGCCUUGAGCAGCAGCAGUGUCGUCUGGGAGCUGGACGAUGGCCUGGAUGAAGCGUUUUCUAGGCUGGCGCAGUCGAGGACAAACCCCCAGGUCCUAGACACUGGACUGUCUGCACAGGACAUCCACUACGCCCAGUGCCUCUCUCCUGUCGACUGGAACAAGCCCGACAGCAGUGGCACUGACCAGGAGGACCUCUUUGGCUUCUGAGGGCCUGGAGCCCGCAGGACACGACCAGCCCAGGCACAUGACCGACCAAAGCCACCUGUGGUGGGGAACCAGCUCCAGGACCUGCCAGCCGCCCCUUCCGGCCCACAGCAACGUCAGCCUGCAGAUCAAAGCCGCAGCCAGUCAAGCAGGGGGAAGAAGAGAGAUUGUUUUAACCUGCUCUUUCUCUUCGAACUGAAAGAAGCCUUGAAUAUUUAUUCAGUGACUCCUGUCUGUGGUUGGAAGCUGGUUUUGCACCAGGCACGUAAUGGAUGCAGUGCUGUGACUGGCCUCGUGCUCUUGCUCUUCUUGAGCCAGCUCAGCUCGCCGUGGGUGUCAGGACAGUGACCAAAGCAUUUCUUAUCCCUUCUCCUUUUCAAGAGCCUGGAUUUCGCCAAGGACAUCCCUCGUCCUUACUGAAAGCAACCAGAACUCGUCAUCUUCUGCGCUCAGGAGACUGCCACCUCCGGAGAGGCCUGGGGCCUCAGGCUUGCCUUUCUCAGGGUCCAGCAGGCCUGGGCUCAAGCCCUAGCCCCGGGAGCUCUUGGGAGGCAGCCCCUGACCAAAGAUAACACACAGCUUGGCACUUUAAAAUCUACAGCAGGUGUGGCCCCAGGGGCUCCUCCAUGGUGCUGCAUUGAAUAGAGAUUUCUGCCCCUCCUUCCUGAGAGGGGGCCCAAAGUCCCCUUGAAUGGUACCUGCCUGUGCUGGGGCCCAGUGUGACUGGCUGGCUGCCUGUGACUUCGAGUCUGACUGCAUCUGUGGGGAUCAGCGCCCUGUGACUGCCCCGCUCCAGGACGAGGCUGUGCCUGCUCUCGUUUUGUCUGUGUCCGUGUGAGUGUCCCUGUGUCCCACCUCCCCGUGCUUCCUGGGAUAAUGUGUGAAAACUAGCACCUAGAUCCAUGUAGGAAUAUUUUGCAGCCAUUUUACAGAGGAAGAAAGUGAGGCCACACAUGUAGUGGGCAGAGCCGAAUAGAACCUGGGUCUGAUGCCAAAGCUGCUUUCCCUGCUGCCACCUCUCACAACUCAUACCUCCUUUUUUCUGGCUUUGUUGUCCUCCCAGGAACCAAAAAUCCCCAGCUAUUUUCUGACUAAAAUGUGUUUCAUAACAAACCAUCUGGUGCCUUUCCACACAGAACUGGCGCAAGCCUCUGUGCCCUGCUGGCUUUCUCACUGUCAAUUUCCAUGAAGAUGCAAGUGUUUGAAGUCUGCUAAAUCCAAGGGUGAAACAAAAUCAAACUCCGUAAGCAUCACGCUGUUCUCUUUCCUGACACGGCGGCCCAGUCAGGACAUCCCAGCAGCAAGCUGAGCUGUCUUUAGAAUCUCCUUCCUUCCUCCCUGCUUGGCCUUUGGGCUCUGGCAUCCUGAAACCCAGCCAAGCCUGGAGCAUCUUUCCCAUCCCAAGGUGCCUCCCAGCGGCCUGGCUUGUCAGGGCAGGUUUCUGCAUCCCCUGGAAACUCGCCUGCCGCAUUUCUUAGAAGCCUCACCGCUAACUGAGCGUCUGUAUCAGAAUGGGUCCGGGGAGGGGCUUGUAGGACCUUCCUCAGGAGGAAGUGACUUCCUUUCCCUGUGCACUCCCAUGGCCCUGCAUCCCCCUCAGUCCUUGAGAUCUGCCUCCGUAGUUGUCCGGGCAGCAGGGGUGGGGCAGGACACAGGCUGUCCUCGGCACACGGCACUGGCGGGCCUCCUGUAUUGUGCUGGCCACACUGUGACCUUCAUCGGUCUCUGUUGACAGCUGUCUGUGCUUCCCGUGUGUCAGCGGCCAAGUCUGGUGCUUUGCUUUGUGAUGCUGUAAAGGGAGGCUAAUGAGGAAAAACACAAAUAAUAAAUGUUCUCUUUUCGAAAUAUAAGCAGCACUUAGAUGGAGUGACCAGAGUACGACAGCCGGUGGCCCCUGCCCUUUGGCAGUGGAAGUGGAAGUGACUGCAGACCUGAGUGGGCAACACACCAAGAAGCAAUACCCAGUGCCCCCGGAGCAGGGGUAAUGGCCUCAGGGGCCCCUCUCCACCCUGCAGCUGGGCGUGUGUGAGGUGAGGUCGCCUCUGGACGACUUGCAGAGGCCAGUGUGUCCACACAGCUGAGGUCUCUGAAAGCUGGAGCCACGGUCUGUGGGCCCCUGGAAUGUGUGUAGGAUUUGUGUGUCUUUGUGGGCCUGUUCCCCAUGGAGGGUGUCGUUUCCAUCACAUUCUCCACUGAUCACAACGUUUGUUCCCUUGCUAGAUUUACUCUGCUGCAUGCGAACUAGGCUGGCCUCAGUGUUGGGGCCAAAGGCCAGGCGGGGCCCAUGCGAACCUAGCAUGUGCAGCUUUGUGUGAUGGGAGAGUCAGGAGUGUUUCCAGUUUGGGGACCUGAGGCCCAAUUCUGGCUCUGCCAUUUAGGAACUCUGACCCCGGAUUGGUUACCUUUCCUCGAGCCUUGGUCUUGCCUUCUGUGAACAAAAUACAACAUUCUUCCUUUUUUUGCCUCCCUGGGUUCACAUUGUUGGUAGACUGUAUACUAAUGUGGAUCAAAGAUUACCUGAGAGCAAAGGAGAAUUGGUACCGUAUUGUUUAAGAAAAUAAAUGACAGUGACUGCAUUAACCGAGUACGUCCUGCAUCCCAAGGGCUAUGCUGAGCUCCCGACUUAGCUCCCAGUGGCCACCCACACUGAGCCCAGCUGCCAUCAGUUCCCCGAGUGCUGAGGGCUCCAGGCCUGGAGCGGAAAUGGUGGUGCCCCAAGUGCUUGGUGAAGCCACAGCCCAGUCACCCUGGACCCUCGUCUGCCACGUGCUGGCCUUUAAAGAGAUGUGUGUGGUCGAGCUGCCCGCUGCCUCCUGUCUGUCUGCGUAGUGACCGUCACACCAGGCUGGGCUCCUCCGGCCUCUGGCUGCUGUCCGGGCACUCCUGAGUCCCCUGCCCAUGCCGCAGCGGGCGCUCCUUGAGCAUCAUCUCUUUAUCUCUUUCAAACAGUGGUAUUUCAAAUGUCCAGGGCACAGAGGCAGUGCCCUGUGAUGUCAGCCAUUGGGCAGACUCCCUGAGAAUUCUGAGUGGAUCACAGAGACUAAGAAAUUCUCCCCUUUCUUCUUUCCCACAUAAUUUUAAAAGACACCCAACAAGUUCAUCUUUCAGUUUAAAUUUGGCCAAAAUCUUUAGUUUCCGGAUGUCUCAAAUUAUGAAUCCUGAGCACCCGCCGUCUGCUCUUUCAUGCAUAACGGAUGGAGCAGGAAGAACAAAGUUGCCUUUCAGAUUUGAUGUGACCUUCAGCUUCCCUCUGUGGAUGCUGAGUCUUCAGGAGAAAUCGUCCCAAUUAAAUCUCUCCGAGCGCCUUUGAACAAGCAUGGUUCGGGAGUUGGGUUCCACAUCUGGGGUGCUGGUCCGGGCCUGGUCUUCCCGGCUUUCCUCCACCCUGCUUAUGUGUGGGUCAGAGCAGGUGGCCUGUGUGUUUAUUGGGAAGUGGCCUUCGACCCCACUCGGUCCUUUAUAGUCACCAUCAGUGUCACUAGUCCUUUCGGCUUUGUCACAAGGUGGGUGGUCCUGGCCCCCGUGUAGGAAUGGGGCAACGGAGAGUCAGGGAAGAUGAACAAGUUGAACUCAGCCGGUAGGAAGUGGCCCUGGGAUUCUGACCCCAAUCUGUCUGGCUCCAGAGCUCAUUUCUGCUGCACUGGGCCCUAGAGCAAAGGGCACCCAAGCCAAGAUGCACCUGCCCUGCUGUGCCUGCAGCACGGAACCCGGGAAUGGCUGGCAGUGGCUUCUCCACAGGGAGAGUCAGGGCAGGGGCCAGUUUCGCAGACCAGCCAUAACAGAGCCUUUGCUCAGCCAGCUGCCCUUCCGGGCCUCCUCUGUGGACAUGCUCAGGUUAGACUCAAGGCCAAGGCCGUGUCUGAGCACAUCAGGCCCCCCAUCUUGCUGCCAGCGGUGUCGCCCAGCUUGCCAGAGUGCCCCAGCAUGUGCCUUGGUGUCCCUCAGAGCAGGGAGGCUUCCUCAGAGUGAGGUACAUGCCAGCCCCAGAGGGUGGGAGGGGCGAAGCACACCUCAAGCACUGGCAGCACCCACACAGCCCCUUUAAGCUGCAGCGACAGUGCCAGGGGUGAUGUUUGCUCAUUGUAGAGAUAGCGGUGCUGAGGCCCGCAGGUUACACAGCUGCUGACUACCUGCCAGCCUUACGCAGCUGCUAGCAGACAGGCCUGGCAUUCCGAUUCCUUGUUCCUUGUCCUGGAGUGGCUCCGUCUCUCUUCAGCUCACUUGGAGCGUUUGGAGAACACAGUGACCUUGCUUACUGAGACCAAGAGUAACCUCAGCCAGGUGCUAACACGGAGCUGCUGGGUGCUUCUGUUUCCAGCCAGGACAGAUGCGGGCUGUGGAGUCCGUGUUGCCAGACAGUGAUUCUGAGUGCGCCUGCUGAGCCCUAGCUUGGCCCAUCUGAAUGGCUGGCCCUUCAUAGUCCCGGGGUGUGUGUCAUGGUGCCCUGGAAGCGCCCUAGCCGUGCGGUUCCCCAUGCCAGCAGGACACUGGAAGUCAGAACAGGAAUGGUACCUGGGGAUGCUGGGGUGGGGUCGUGGAAGAGAGGAGUCCUCCAGUGGGGCCUCAUGGGUGGGGAGAAAGGCUGGAGGUGGCCUUUGCUAGCUUGGCUGCCUGGCAUGAAGCCAGGGCCCGUAUUCAGUCCACCUCAUGGCCCCAGGUCCUGGCCCUGCGUGAAUCAGCUCAUCAGAAGGUAGAACCAGCCUGGUUCCUGAGAGAAGCUGUAGAGUGGAAGAGGGGCCUGGCACCUAUGCACUUCGUGAGUCAGCAGACCCAUCGUGCAACACAUCGUCCCGUGUGCCCUGGGCGUAGGCAUUCAGGGCUUCUUACAGUCAGGGCUCCUAUGUGCCCAGCUUGGCCGGGUCUGAUAAAAGAUACGACCCAUUCCUCUGCCCGGAUCACAGAGCUUGGUCUCCAGAAUGCUCUCAAAGCAAAAUUCUAGAAUGCUAGUGCUAGAAGAGCCCCUGAUGGCCCUUCAGCCCCCACUUUGUUUACAUUUGGGAUCUGAGGCCCCCAGAAGAAACAGGAUUUCCCUGGGACUCGAGGGCAGCUGAGAGGCAGAGCUGAGACUUGACCCACAGGUCUUACGGACCGCAUGUCCUUUCCUCCGCCCACCCAUGGGAAGGAGAGCGUUCUUUCGGCGCUCCAUGCACAGGGCCUCAGGCUCGGGGGAGGCGGCCUUGCAGGGAAGUGGAAAAGAUUAUGAGAAGAGGCGGGAGAAGGACCUCGGUGAAUUCUCAAGCAUGUUAACAAGCAUCACCUCAGACUUCUGUCCAUUCCCUCUCUCGAGCCCGGCGAUCCCGUCUGCAGCCCAAGCUGCCGCACAGAGGCCUGGAAGACUGACGUGCACAGCUCCGGAGUGUGGCAGACGGGGCUGGGUGUGAAUCCUGGAUUUGCCACUUGGUCGCCUCGUACAUGACCCACUAGCCUGUGGUCUGUUCCUCAUGUGUGCGACAGGAUGAAGAAGGGCGUGUGAGGAGUCUCGGGGUUAGUGAGUUAACGCUCCGGCUGUACUAGAACUGCUCCUCUACGGCUCUCACUGUCCCUGUUGGCUGCUCUGUGGGUGGGGCGGCGGAGGGGGCUACCCCAAGGAAAGGCCCACCCCAGGUGGCAGAGUUGGGGCAGGGGGUGCGUAUGUUCUCGGAGCUGCCCGCUGACAACACCCGGGUGCAUAUGUGGGCCCCGACCCCCCUGCCAAACCGUACCCAGAGGGAAGAUGCUACAGACCACUCCGUUGAGUUGGGAAAGCAUUCCACUCGGGCAGUUUCAGUUGAAGGUGUGAGGAGAAGCCAUGUUCACAGUCCCUGGACAAGUCCCUUAACGGGAUUGGGCAGUGUGACGAGGCUGGAGCUAGCACCAGCCAGCUGUUUCUGCGGGUGGAAUUCCAGGCGAGGGGAGGUGGAGGGCUGUCUGGCAUCUGGCCCUGAGAUGUGCAGCGCUCUCCCCACCACACUCUGACACUCCAGGGGCGGGAGCUCAGGGGAGACCCGGCCUCCAUGCCUCCCACCCGUGGGGGUCCACACUGAGAGUCCACACGUUCUCUCUCCUUUCAUCCUCAGGACACUGGUGUGAUCCCGGAGACUCGGGUAAAGUGAGCUGACCACGCCAGGACUGUAUCGCAGGGCUGUCGCACAUGGGCUGGGCCUGGCCCGGUGUUCUCUAAGCCAGGCUCAAGUCAAAGUGGUUCUCGGCACCUUUGAUUGAUCUGUGCCCAUUGUGUCCGAGGUGCCUGGAACACGGCAGGGAAUAGAACGGCAGUCAUUCCCACCUUCGUGGAGCUGGUGUUCUAGUGGUGGGGCACGCCAGACUCCCCUCACGGUGGCACAGGGAGCACGUGUGGUGUCAGCACGGGGGAAGAAGGCAGGAAGGGGCAGGGAUCCCAUGGGACCCUGCUGCUGGUGUGGGGCGAGGCUAGCCUGAGACGGAGUGGCUGAGGUGGAGGAAAGCAGUGCAGAUUCAGGGACGGUUGGGAUGUGUGAAGGGGUAGUGUGGGUGGAGAAGAGGGGUGUCGGCAGGGAAGCGGGGCGGAGAGCAGCGCUGGUGAGGGCUUGCGACUUGCUCCUGAGGGAGGCUGAGUGGGGCUCUGCAGGGACGUAAGGACACCGAGGCUGCUCAGUAAGGGGCUCUAUGGUGACUCGAGGCCACGGCCAUCCUCCAGGCCCAAGAGGAGGAACUUCCAGGGUUGACACGGGGCAGUGGGUGGUUGAUGAGGGAACAGCGCUUCCUCCCCAAUUCCUAACUGGGGGCACCUGGGUGGGUCCGUGGAGGAAAAGCGGUGUGCACAGCCAGAGUCUGGGCUUGGUGGUGUCCCCAGUCUGUGUGUCUGGGGGGCGGGGGGUGGACGUGGUCUGCGUGGGAUGUGGGCAUCCUAUGUGGUAUCGGCCUGAUGUCCCUUGUCACUGCCAGCCGGGAGCGGGUGUGGUGGAGCAAGCGUCCCCACAGUGUGUUCCGCUGGCUCCAUGGCUGUGUGCAGAGGCAUUCACACCCAAAUGUGACUCAGGCACAUGAUGACUCGGAGGCUCUGGCAUGUGCCUGUGUGCAUGUCUGUAGCACCUGGAGGGGGCCUGGCGGGGUGGCAGUGGGGUGUUUGUUUUGGCCCUGCCCUGUCCAGCCUCGGCUCUCUCUUGUUCCUCCCAGAUCAGCCCUUGUUUUUGUAAGAAGUCAAAUCCAGAA